CCGAGGCAUGUUCGGUUGUUCGUACGCUGUUUAUUCGACCCUCACCUCACAAUUGUCUUUAUCCGCGAGCGUCGCGUUCGUUCGUUCAUUCGACGAAAGUUCAACCUUCGAAUAUGACAUGCAUCGGCACGCGACGCCAGUGCCGUAGCCACGGGCGAACCAGAACGAGACAAGUCCGCGAAGGCGCAUCGUCGUCGUGAAAGAGAAACGGUCGGUCGAAGUUGUCCGUGAACGCGGCACAUAACCGUGCAGUAACAUCGGCGGCAGAACGUGUUCGUGACCUGGUGUCCGGGCAUCGAACGCGAAAGACCCGCGAAUGCGUCACGAGCGACGGACCCGAGAGGAAAUAUCCAUCCCGGGGAAGAGAAGAAGACGACGGUGUACGUCGGGCAUUGUUCGAGAACCGCCGAGGGAAGAACGACAGCAAGUAAACGAGGUUCGGCGCGUCGUCGAGAGGGGUAAAGUUCAAUGCAUCGGUGAAAAUUGGGGAGCAUUGUUCGGUGGCUGCGUCGCGUCAAAGAGGGUGCUUCGGUUGUGUAUAUGUCAGUGAUCGGUGAAUGCAAGCGAUCCUUGUCCGUUACGGAUAAAAGUGAAAGAAGUCGUGCAAGAGGGAAAGAGAGAGAGAGAGGACGUGGAUAGAUUGGUCGUCGUCGGCAGCGUGCCGGCGUUUCGAACGGCAGUAAGGUCGUGGACGGCCACCCUCCUUAAACGCGAGGGAAGCUAGCGCGUGAAUGUGUUGGAAGCGGUGGCCGCGUAUCCGUCGUCGUCGUCGUCGUCGUUGCUGCUGCUGCGAUCGCCGUGAAAACGGUGCCGCACCGUGGAAGUCGUCGAAAACGCUACACCGAUGGCCCUACGCGUCACGAUACAACGGCGCGUAUCGUGAUCGCGGCACGACGGGAACGUCGAGGAUGCCGCGGACAUCGUUCUCUCCGCGCGGAUGGAUGGCGGGCUUCGUGAUCGUCGUUCGGAUCGAUAGACAGGAAAAAAGGAUCGAAUAAUAAUCGCGACGACACGGCGCGGCGAGGUGAGAGGCGAGCAGAGAAGCCAGCCCCCCACCGCCCGGGAGGUUAGACCUCCGAGAGAUACGAGGAUCCUUGUUCGAAGAUGAACUCCAUGAUAUAUACCCUCUACGGAUUCGCGAUAUUUUUCAUGGUAUUCUGGUCAGCGAUGUGGAUCCUUCAUGUGCUGGCAUUGAUAACCGGUCGCUGGAAGUUGCACCGUAAAGUAAACCAAGUACCAACCUACGAGACGCCGUUGCCCGGCGUGUCAAUCAUAAAGCCCUUGAUGGGCGUAGAUCCAAAUCUGUUCAGCAAUUUGGAGACGUUCUUCACCAUGGAGUAUCCUUGUUACGAACUGUUAUUCUGCGUCGAAGACGACUCGGAUCCUGUGUUGAUGCUAGUGCGUAAACUGAUCGAAAGGUAUCCGCAAGUGGACUCGAGCCUGUUUAUCGGCGGCCGUAACGUCGGCGUGAAUCCGAAAAUCAACAAUAUGCAGCCGGCGUACGAGGCGGCGAAACACGAGUUCGUGUUGAUCAGUGACAGUGGUAUCAAGAUGAAGAAGGACACGCUGUUGGAUAUGGUCAAUUACAUGACGGACAAUGUCGCGUUGGUGCAUCAGAUGCCGUUCACCUGCGACCGCGAAGGUUUCGCCGCCGUAUACGAGAAAAUAUUCUUCGGCACGGUGCAGUCGCGGAUAUACCUCGCCGCCGAUAUACUACGAAUAAACUGUCACACGGGGAUGUCGGCGUUACUGAGGAAGGCGCCCCUCGACGAGGUCGGCGGAUUGAAAACGUUCGGUGUGUAUCUGGCGGAGGACUUUUUCUACGCGAAGGCGUUGGCCGACCGCGGCUGGCGCGUCACGGUGUCCUCGCAACCGGCAUUGCAGAACAGUGGCCACUGUGAGCUGCAUUCCUUCCACGCGAGGUUACGAAGGUGGGCGAAGCUCAGGGUGGCCAUGCUGCCCACCAUUAUUGUUUUCGAACCGUUGACAGAGUGUUUAGUGUUGGGUGCCUGUGCUUCCUGGGCAGCGAGCGUACUAUUCGAGUGGGACUCGCUUGUUUUUUAUUUGGUACAUAUACUGUUGUGGUUCAUGCUCGACUGGACGUUAUUGUGCAUCGUGCAAAACGGCCCGUUGCCGUUCAACAAAUUAGAGUUCGUUUGUGGAUGGUUGCUCAGCGAGAUCACCAGGCCCUAUCUUUUCCUCCAGGCGGUUCUAGAUCCUCUGAUACAGUGGCGAUCGCGCGUUUAUAAGCUCAGGUGGGGCGGCGUUGCGGAAGAGGUUAAGGCGAAAGUCAAAUACUAAAGAGGACGACAAGAUACACGUUCUCUUUUUUUCUUUUCUUCGUCUUGCUUUACUUUCAUUCUCUUAGUUCAAUUAACACAUUGUGGACCAUGCUUAAAAUACUACAAAAUAUUGCUUGCGAAUAGAUGUUUAAGAGAAGCGUCGCGAUCGACACCGGGAACGAAACUUCUUCUCAUUGUCGGCAUCUUCGAUUUCUUAGUCCUAUGGGAAGGGGGGAGGGGAGGGGAGGGGUACACUUGUCACUUUUGCUACUCGUCUUUUACUUAACGAUGGAAUUUCGGUGACGUCUGAAAGAAUAAAUACGUCAAUUAAUGUAGGCGGUCCACAAUGCGUUAAAGUAAGGCCAAUGUGACCAGAUACAUAGAAAACAAAUUCCAGCGUGGGAUAGCACGAAUUGAAAACGUACCUCCUUUCCUCGUACGGAAUCGUCCGUAACAUUUUGUUUGUUUCUUUUUUUUUUUAACGAACUCAUUCUACGAACAUAAGGAUGUUUCGCGAAGCUUAAUAAAACAUAUUGUGACGUUAAAUAAGAUUGUUACUAUUAUAAAAGAAACGAAAAAAAAUAUUUAUUUAAUAUUUAUUAAAUAUAAACAAAUGAAAAAGAUAAUAAUAAAAACAAUACAGUUGUCCCUCAAAGUACGCGGGGGUCCGGGACGUUGACGUAUCGUGUAACUGAAAAUCCGC